CAAUAAACACAGCAAUAGCUAAAGAAAAAAUUGGUGCCAUACCGGGAUUUUUUGUCGGAGGAGUAGCUGCCUGUGGUGCAGUCACAUUCACUAAUCCGUGGGAGGUGGUUAAAACACGAUUACAACUUCAAGGUGAAUUGGCUCGUGGUAAUUCUAAUUAUAUAAAACCUUACACAAAUGUAUUUCAAGCAUUUUCCAUGAUCGUUAGACGUGAAGGCUUGCGAGGAAUUCAAAAAGGCAUAGGGCCUGCAUACGUAUAUCAACUUGUGAUGAAUGGUUCACGUUUAGGUUUUUAUGAUCCAAUACGUAACUCGUUGAUAGGAUUUCUCAAUGUAUCAAAUACAUCUAUGCCUAUAAGUAUAUUAUCAGGUGGACUGGCAGGAGUUAUCGGAGCGGCAUUAGGAUCACCGUUUUACCUGGUGAAAACCAGAAUGCAAUCCCAUUCACAACAUAUUAUGGCAGUUGGACAUCAACAUUCUUACAAAAAUACAUUUGAUGCAUUGAAACAAAUUAGUAAGAAAGGGGGCAUCAAAGAUUUGUUUAGGGGUGUGGACGCAGCAAUGCUGAGAACAGGAGUUGGUUCGGCUACUCAGUUGUCAAGUUAUUUCUAUAUAAAAAGGUGGACGAUACAGAAAACAGGAUUGACUGAUUCUGAUAUUUUAGUUCAUGUGUUUUCAAGUCUUUUGAGUGUCAGGACAGAAGGAAUCUUUGGAUUGUAUAAAGGAUUUGUGGCUCAUUACUUUAGAAUUGGGUAG